CAUGCAAUUGGCUGUGUGGCGUAGCGGGAGGGAUAACGUUCAGGAAGUGAAAAGGGGUUUGUUUCUGUUUCCAAUUUACAGGGCAGCAGCUUGUGCUGGAACCCAGCGAGGAAAACGUAGUUUAAAUUACUUAUCGGUGUGUUCUUAGUUAAAAAUCCCAAGUGACGACGUGCGGCUUUUCGUCUUCUCGGCGGUUGCUGAACAUUUCAGUCCGUGAGUCAUACUGAAGAACUUCUCAUUAGCGGAGUUUAGCAGUUUUCAUGGCACCUCCACGAAAAACAGUGCUACCCAAACCUCUUCCAGAAGGCUUCAUACUAACAGACACUGAGAAGAAGAAAUGGAGGCUGGGGAAAAUCAUUGGGCAAGGUGGCUUUGGACUGAUCUAUCUUGCCUCCCAGGACAUUGACAGACAUGUUGGAACAGACACUGACUUUGUCAUCAAAGUGGAGUACCAGGAGAAUGGCCCCCUGUUCUCGGAGCUCAAGUUCUACCAGAGGGCAGCCAAACCUGAGAGCAUGCAAAAAUGGAAGAGAAGCAAGAAGCUGGACUUCCUGGGCAUCCCGACGUACUGGGGGUCAGGAAUUGCAGAGUAUAAUAACCUCAGGUAUCGUUUCAUGGUCAUGGAUCGACUGGGAAGUGACCUUCAGAAAGCUUGUGAGUCCAGUGGAGGCCGACUGAAGAAGAUCGCUGUUCUCCAGCUUGGACAGAGACUGGUGGAUAUACUGGAGUACAUACAUGAGAAUGAGUACGUCCAUGCUGACAUUAAAGCUGCCAACCUCAUGCUGGGUUACAGGGACCCUGAACAGGUCUACCUUGCAGACUAUGGGCUGUCCUAUAGAUACUGCCCUGAUGGAGUCCACAAAGAAUACAAGGAAAACCCCAAGAAGGGCCAUAAUGGAACCAUUGAAUACACCAGCAUCGAUGCCCACAAAGGACUCGCGGCAUCUAGACGUGGUGACCUCCAAAUUUUGGGUUUCUGUCUCCUUCACUGGUUAUGUGGGUCUCUGCCUUGGGACGAUGUCCUCAAAAAUCCAACUCAGGUCCAGGAGGCAAAGACCAGACUGAUGGAUAAUCUGCCACAUUCAGUCCAGCAGCUGUCAGUGAGCGGAGCCAGCACAGAUGAGGUGGCUAAAUUCCUCCUUUAUGUGAACAAACUGGGCUACCAAGAGAAGCCCGAUUACCAGUAUCUUAAAAACCUGUUGGGCAGUGCUGUCAGGGGAGGACUUGAUUUGUCCAAGCCACAGGGAGCUGCAGGGGAAUCGUCCACCAAAGAUUCUCGAGCCAAGGAAAAGCAGAAAGCAGGAGGAGCGAGCGGAGUCUCUAGAGCCAAAGCUACACCUCUACAGGACCAUGAUGAAGUCUAUGAAGGGGGAAAGCCCAAAGCAGUGCCAGCUCGCUACAUCAGAGGACCACCCAUCAAUAAACCUCUGUCAGAACAGACGGAAGAAGUUCUCCCUGCUGUCAGAAGGUCCCCGAGGCAAAGGCCUGUGUGCAGUUAUGAAGACAUCGACAGUGAGGAGGAGGAGGAAGAGGAAGAAAGGCCCAAACCCAUUGCUGCAUGCUAUCUCAGAGGUCCUCCAGUAAAGCCCAGAGCUCAACCCAAACAGGAACGUAACCCCAAAAGGACAAGCAGCAAAACAGAUGACGUGCCCCUGACCUCAGCGAGAACGGAGCGCCGAGUCUUCCCACAAAGGAGAAAAGAAGAUCGAGCAAACCGUGACAUGGAGAGGCAAACACACACACACCACAGAGCGGUGUACAGCCAUCCAAAGUACUGGGAUAGCCAGCUCUAUUACAGACAUGCUUUGGGUAAAUGGGAAGAGUCUGGUCCCAAAAAGUCAAGUCCUGAAGCCGGUCCCCAACAGAGAGGAUGGCUGACGUCCUGGUUACUCUGUUUGGGCGCCUUUCUUUUACUGCUUGCUGUUGUCAGAGUUUGCCAAAGUACAUUGAAGCCCCUUUGAGGAGCUAAUGGAUCUACGAGUUUUAACAGCUCCUUUCAAAGCUUCUUCCCAAAGUGGAGAUGGAGCAGCCGGGAACACAAAGCCUCUCAUCAGGACUUCUGGGCUGCCAUUUUCACAGUGAUGGGCUGAAAUAGAAGGACAAGCCUCAGUUUAUUCUACCUAUUAGAUGUUCUGUAAAGGUAAACAUGCGAUGAAAGAUUUCUUUAUGAUAAAAAGAUGAAAUGGGCUCUCGUUUCUAACUGCGACUCACACGCUCGAAUAAAACCGUCUUUGACUUUGAAUCGGUGGCGAGCUGUAUUCACAGACACGCAGUAUCACACGCUUACUCCUUUAUCAGACGAGGAGUAGCUUCAGUCAAAGUGUAUGAAUGCAGCACAUUGUUGAAAGCGCAGUGGCAGAAGAAAAGGCUACAGGAUGUAUAGAGGCAUGCUAAUUAAUAAGCUGAAUAUCUAUUGAGGGCUUUCUGAAGGCAGCUGUCAGUCACACUGUGAGGCGCGCACAUACCUUACUGCAGUAAGGACACUCUCCAAAAACAAUGUUGAAGCUCUGCCUGCUGGAGUGCAGCGCUCGCAGCCACUGAAGGCAAAAGAGAAAAGAUCAAAUCAUUACCUUGAAUCUGGUGUGUGGCUCAUAACAGCACUUUCAAUAUACACUCUGUACAGCUAUGUUUAAGAUUAUCCAGCACCCUUGAAGCACUGAAGGGCUUUUUUUUUUUUUUUUUUUUUUAAAGUCGAUUAGCAUCCUGCGAUUUGUUUCUGAGUUUCAAAGAUAUCUGGCCAUGCAGCAGCGUGUCACUGAGGACAGAGUCCAAACAUAGUCAUCUGUGCUCAUUUCCUGUGUGUUGCAAGGCUGCACUGGUCCAGUUCUACCUUUGAUCAUAUCUGACUGUCACUCACCUUGAGCAGCCCACCUGUUGAAACGCUAAAACACUCAUGGCUAAUGAACGCAAAUCUUCUAUGCCUGAUUAAAUGAAAUGCUGUUUAGAAACACUUUACAAUAUGUAUGUCCUCAGAGGGGAAACAGGAAGGAAUAAUCUGUAUUCAUGUGCGUAUUUAGACAAAUGAACACACUGUACUUGCAGUGCGCUGACCACAUGCAGCUCUCUGAAGGCAACAGGAUAAGGCUUUGUAUUAUGACUGAGUGAAAACGGCAAAUGUAAUGCGCAAAACUUUGUUCAUUUAAGCAAAUAAAUAAAUAAAAUGGAUGUUUACAACUGUGUCCACUCCUCAGGAGGAACCCUUACAGUGUUUGAGGAGGGAGCACUUUAAACUCAAGUCAAUAAAUGGAGAAUUGUGUCCCAGAGGCACACUGAUGGUACGGAGGGACUUUUUUAAUUAUUAUAACCAGAUCAGUCAUUUGGUCAUUUUGUAGCUUUGAAGUAGUCUGGGGUAAAUCUUAAACUUUCUGAGAUUAUAAUAUGGGUGAUGUGACAGUCUAGUUGUUGGGCACAUGACAUAUGAACGCAAACACCCUGAGCAGUGAGUUCAUGCUCAGUUUUUUACCCACAUACAGCCACACAUGCUUUUUCAAAAGUCAUAAUUAUACAGUGUGGUGGUUUCCACGUUCACCUAACAAACAAAAGAGAAAAUCCAAAUCCCUUUGCAUCAGGAAGACCAUCAGGUGUUUCAAAAUCUGACAAACCUACUUUUGCUGUGGUGACCCUUUCUGAAUAAAGAAACAACCCAAAGUAGCUUCUAUGAAUAUAUACAUUGCUCAAAGGGAAAAAAAAGGACUUUUGAUAGUUUGGGUUUCCACUGACCGCUGUUGUGUCAUUUUAUUCUUGAGAAAUCACAUACUGUAUGUCAGCAAAGAUAUUCAAAUUGAAUAUUUGUACAUCAAGAUAUGUCAGAUAUAUAUAAAAACCAUUUCCGUAAUAAGUCAUAACACUGUGGCUUCACAUCUGGGCCGUUGUCAUGUCAGACAUCUUUAUAUACACAGUCUAUAUUCUCCUUAAAAAAAAAAAAUCAAUUUGUUAAACUUCCAGGACAUUGAUCUGGUCAAUUAAGUAGCAGAGGGCAAAAAGGGCUGUAGAAGGCCCUUAACCGAUCAGCAGGACUGGUAUCUGCUUGCACACCACAAAUACAGAAACAGACUUCAUGAGGGUGGUCUUACAGCUGACGUCCUCUAGUGGGCCCUGUGCCACCGUGGAGCCCAAUUCUGGUAUUCUAUGGCAUUUGCAUUUGCCAUAGAAUACCAGAAUCAGCAGUUACAUCAUUAGUGUGGACCUGCUAUAAAAUGGACUACCUUGCUGUAUGAAUUUUUUGUUCACUUUGAUUUUCAGGAUGCCUACAAAUUCAGCCUUCUGUAGGUUAAUAAUUUUCAUUUCCAUCAAAUGAUGUUGCAUCCUUUUGUUCCUAAAACAUUACCGUGUAUACAUAUCCACUGAAGUCCAACGUGUUUCAAAAGUUUUUGGUUUUGUGUUGCUUACAACAUUUUUGAAUCCUUCAUAUUAACUUGUAUCAAAUGUGUCAAAUAAUUCAUACACACACAUAUUUUAUUAAGACUUGAUGAGUUCAUAUCCAGUUUUAAUGUAAGGCCAAUGAUGAGCCAUUAUUUGCAGCUUGCAUUUUUUUUCUCUCAUCUGUUAUAAAAAGCUGAUGUGGA